GCUAGGCUGAUCGUUUUUUAUAACGCCACCAGCGAUAGUGCCAACAGACAGUACCCAGCGAAUACUCGAUUGUACCGGAUGGAGAAACAGUGCGACUUUAGCAUAAUCGCCGACCAAACCGACUUGCGGGAUGUGAUUGGUUGCGUUCUGGAGGAUGGUCCCACCGAGGAACCAAUCCACGUGAUAGAUUUGGAUGACGUUGUUAAUAAGCACGACAUCUGGCUGCGACAGUUGCCCCGAGUGAAGCCAUUCUAUGCAAUCAAGUGCAAUGACACUCCAGGAAUCGUGCAAGUACUGGAGAUGCUGGGAACGGGUUUCGACUGUGCCAGUAAGGGUGAAAUGGAAAAGGUGCUCGGAAUAGGAGUAAGUCCGGAUAGGAUUAUCUUUGCUCAGCCAGCGAAACCGAUUGAUUCACUUAUCUAUGCAAAGAAGCAUGGAGUCAAUUUGAUGACCUUUGAUGGAGUGCAUGAAUUGAAUAAAAUGAAAAAGUACUUUCCAGAGGCUUUGUUAGUGCUACGUUUCCGGUACGAUUCGGGGAAAUCUUUCGCAUCGAUGGGAGACAAAUUUGGGUGUGACGCUGAGUCUGAAGCUCCGGAGUUACUGCGUCAGGCCAAACAGCUGGGGCUUAACGUCAUCGGUCUGAGUUUCCAUAUAGGCUCAGGUGGUAAUGAUUGGAAAAGUUUCGAGGGUGCAUUCGGAGUAGCUCGGAAGAGUUUCGACUUUGCGAAAAGCAUCGGCUAUGACUUCACACUGCUAGAUAUUGGCGGUGGGUUCCCAGGAGCAAGGGGUAAACCGCUUGAUCCGUAUGCGAAACACAUCAACGAAGCUAUCGACACAUAUUUUGCAAGCUACUCAAAUGUGCAAUUUAUUGCGGAACCAGGACGCUACUAUUCCACUUCAGCCGUCACAAUAGUUACAAAUGUACAAUCGAAGAGACUGGUGAAAUACAAGGACGGACAUGAGCUAAUGUUUUACUAUGUGAACGAUGGGAUCUUCGGUUCAUUUUACUCGGCUGGCCACGAGAAUCAACCGGUUUAUCCCGUUCCCCUGAAGAAAGAAGGUCGAAUAAAACAAUCCGCUAUUUGGGGUCCCUCCUGUGAUCCCCUGGACUUGAUCUGCAAAAGUAUUCCACUACCGGAGCUAGAUUUCGGUGAUUUCAUAUUAUUCGAGAAUGCAGGCGCAUACUCAAUUGUCAUAGCUAAUCAGUUCAACGGUUUCCCCUUGCCGAGGGUUGAAGCAUACAUCCGGGAGAGCACACGUUACAGAAUUUGGCAAAGAACUCUUGCUGACGGAUUUGACUAAUUGAGGAUAUAAAGUAUGCUUCAUUUAGAAUCCGGCUACCAUCUCGAGAAUGGAAUGAAGGCUCAUGUUGUCAGCUUUUAUGUUACAUUAAUGAAAUCAUAAAUGAUUUUUUCGUUAUUAUUUCUUCAUUCUUUCGGACACAUACCUUUACUUCCACUCUUUGCAUAACAGUCCUAUGUGAAUGGGGAAUUCCAUAACACAUGGGAUAGUUAUACGGAUAGCUAGUAUAGGCUAGAAAAAAAUAUUUUAAAACUCAUGAACAAUUUCAAAUCAAUACAUAUAUAUUGCAUACCAAACGAUUGUUUUACUUUCGGUUUAAAUCUGGCAGUUCAAACGUUAUUUGCAAAAUAACCCUUUUCUAUAUCAGGGUUAAAUUUGAAAAUUCGAUAGAUAAAUUUGUCAUCACGAUUGGCAUCUUUACGCAAAAAAAAUAUAUAGGGGGCGCUACAUGCUUGAGGUGGAUGUUUAGCGUAUGGAUUGGCAAAUUAAUAGAAAAUUGUCAAGUUUAUGUAAUUUUUUAAGAGAGCUGUGAAAUAUCCGUAUAAAAAACUGAAAAUAAUGUGGAAGAAUUUCGUUCAAAAUGGCAAUAGACUUUGUCUGCAAAAGAGAGAUACUGUAGAAUAUAUUUCUUUCUCUCUUUCAGAACUGGUAUAAAACCGCAUCGUAGAACGUCGUGUAUGCUCGAAAUGAGAGCCAAUUCCUGCCAAAAGUGAAUUUAUGUCUGUUACACUUAGAUGGGUUGUUUAAAUAUUCUUUUAUUGGACGGC